AUGCAAUCCCAAACUCCUCACUUUACCCCACGCAAACAGACUGACACUGUGCUCUCUGCACAACGACGAAAGUUCGUCGCCAGACAAAGAGCAGAACAAGACGAUAGCCAGCAAACAAACACUAGCCCAAUCUGCGAAUAUAAUGCGAUCGAUAGGAUGCGUCAACAUGUUCGAAAGAAUCUAUCUGGUAAGGCUACAACCGCCGUGAGACCAAGAAGGCGCUCCAAACUUCAAGUGGGUCCCUCCGCCGAGAUGCCCGUACCUCAUGCCAACAGUACCAAGAUGCACCGCCGCCAAUCUAGAAGAGCAUCCCUUAUCCUACGAGAAGACAGCGAGCUGAAGUUUUUGACCACCAGUGGAUCCUCUCUUGGCUCCCAUGGUAGAUCGGAUCGACGAACCAGACGCAAGAGGCGCACAAAUUCAAUCGUUCUUGGCAAGACUAGUUCACCGCCAGCGCAAAACUCGUCUCCUCGGUGCAUGCGUCGAAGAUCUGCUGUAGCCACCACGAAAGUGACUCCUCGAGCAGCGUCCCCUUUCUCCGAGGACAGGUUGAUCUCGGACUUGAACACCAAGUUUGGGUUGGGCUGGUAG